GCGGCGGUCGGUCACAUUGAAGUGUUUUGAGCAAGCGCAGAACCCAUAGUUGACAACCUGAAUCAUGGCCGCCCGCAAAGUGUUAGGUGCUUACCGCCUGCUGUCACCUCUACAGAUUGGAAUCAGACAGCCUCAACAGGUUCUGUCUUCCGUGUGGACUCAACACAGGGACUACUCUUCGGUAAGGAUCCCGCCACCAGCAAAGUAUGGAGGACGACACACUGUUACGAUGAUCCCAGGAGAUGGAAUCGGACCUGAGCUUAUGCUGCAUGUGAAAGAGGUUUUUAGGCAUGCCUGCGUACCGGUGGAUUUUGAGGUGGUGAAUGUGAAUUCUACUUCUACCAAUGAGGAUGACAUUCAGAAUGCCAUUACUGCCAUCAGGAGGAACAGGGUGGCACUUAAAGGUAACAUCGAAACAAACCACAACAUGCCUCCAACCCACCGAUCCCGAAAUAAUUUGCUGCGCACAAGCCUUGACCUUUAUGCCAACGUCAUCCACUGUCAGAGUCUCCCCGGAGUGCAGACCCGCCACAAGGACAUCGACAUCCUGAUAGUGCGUGAAAACACAGAGGGGGAAUACAGCAGCCUGGAACAUGAGAGCGUGUCCGGAGUGGUGGAAAGCCUGAAGAUCAUCACUCGGGUCAAUUCUUUACGCAUUGCUGAUUACGCAUUCAAACUGGCCAGAGAGCAGGGGCGGAAGAAGAUCACAGCAGUGCACAAAGCCAACAUCAUGAAGCUGGCCGAUGGGCUGUUUCUGCAGUGCUGUAGGGAAGUGGCAUCUGGUUAUCCUGAUAUUAGCUUCGAGAGUAUGAUUGUUGACAACACUACGAUGCAGCUGGUAUCGUGCCCGCAGCAAUUUGAUGUCAUGGUGAUGCCAAACCUUUAUGGUAACAUUGUAAACAAUGUUUGCGCUGGCCUGGUCGGUGGUCCUGGACUUGUUCCUGGAGCAAAUUAUGGAAAGGUGUACGCUGUCUUUGAAACGGCUACCAGAAACACGGGAAAAAGUAUCGCCAACAAGAAUAUUGCAAAUCCGACAGCAAUGCUUCUGGCCAGCUGCAUGAUGUUGGACCAUCUGAAGUUGCACAGCUACGCGGCUUCCAUUCGUAAAGCUAUUCUGGGCAGUAUGAAUGAACACCGGAUGCACACGCCUGAUAUCGGCGGCCAGGGCUCCACCACUGAAGUUGUGCAGUCCAUCUGCAGGCAAAUUAUUAUCAAAAAUGGCCGGGCUGUAACAGUCUGAAAGGAUGCCAGAUAUAUUCUCAAAUAGAAAACUAUAUGUACAGCUUAUUGCUUACCCGGCUGUGUACCCAAGAAACCCCAUCAUCCAGUCACAUGGUAUAAACCACUUGUAAAAUACUGCCCCCUGGCAGUGAUUGAGGGUUACACACUCCACACAUCUUAUCAGUUAAAACCAUGACUGUGUUUUGGGGUUUGUAUGCAUCAUUUUCCUUGUUGGGUGUUUAAACAGCCAACCCCAUUAAGACAAUUAUCACAUUUUACUUUGAAGUCCUUGCAUGUUGUUUCUGUUAGGAGCAAAAUGCAUGGCUGCCAAGCACUUACUGUCUGCCGACGAGGCUAGCACGACAAUAACAUGUACAACGAACCGGAAGGAGACGCACGAGAAGAUUGCGUCAUGGACGGCCACGCGCAGAUACCCAGCACCACUAACUUAACAGCUUAGGUAACUUAAACCAUAUUGUUAGGGGGGCAGAUUCUUCUAAAAGCAGAGACUCGAUGUGUAAUUUAUUUUGGGAUAUAUUUUGGCCUGUGUUUUUCACUUGGCAUGUAUGUAUUCUUUUUUUGAAUAUAAAGCUCUUCUUGUGAAUGUAAGCCUGUGUUUGGUAGAGCGUGUCUUUUAAACCCAUGUUCUUGUACUAGUGAUCUGUAACUAAAAACAUUGAACACAUGCUGUAUUUGGUGUAACUGUAAUAAUCUCUUGGAAAAUAUGUAAUAAAGUGAUUCACUCCA